AUGUCGAGCGACGCGGCUUCGAACCCAAUGACUUCCUCACAGCCCGUGGACCCAGUUCGGUCCUCCUCACUCUCCGCCCAGCUGAAGCGUGUUCGGCCGGGCACGGUCCAGACCAACUUUCACCCAUCCCAGCAGCCUUCUUUGCGCCAUUCGAACCCUGCCACCAUCCCGCCGUCGGCCAUCAGCGCCUCCUCCGUCGCCUCCAACUCGCGGCCCGGCUCGCCCAUCAUGUCCCCCGAAACGGCCGUCUUGACGAGGAACUCGUCCAUCCAAGCCUCGCCGGAACCCGCGCGGCCCAAGGAUGAGGGUCAGAUCCCCUCGAGCUUCCAGCUCCCCGACUCCAUCCUGUCCCGGAAGACGAGCGGAAACUCGCUCGGGUACGGCUGGGUGGGCGGCCCGACCAACGCCAUAGCCGAGACCACCGACAACUACAGCGACGGCGUCGCCUCCAUCGGCGCCGGCAAGACGAACUUGAUUCGACGACUGUCGAGCCGAGCCUCGCGACGCAUCGCGAGCGGCCGUCGGCAAUCGUCGGCCGCUCCCGCGAGCCGCGACGGCAGCGUCGGACCCUGCUUCCUGCGACGCCGCAGCGACAGCAACACGACCGCUCCCCUCGAGGGCAACGUCCUCUCCACCGACUCCGAAUCCGACCUCGACGAGAGGGAGGAUUUCUCCUCCAUCAGGUCCAUGUACUUGGACGGCGCGCCGCGAGGCUCCUCGGCCAACAGCACGACGGGAUCCGUCACGGGAAGCUCCAACAACAUGGCCGGCCCCGUCAUCCCCCUUCAGCUCCAGCGAGGCACCUGGCUGAGAAAAAUCUCCAAGAAGAACCGCUCGAAGCGGAUCCGCCUCGUCUACGAGCCCGAGACCAACAAGCUUACCUGGGACCGCACGCGACCCCACAAGUUUCUCCACGUCGACGAGAUUCGGGAGAUCCGCACCGGCUCCGACGUGCAGCCGUACGGCCGGGACGGCAACUUUACCGAGCCCGAGCGCUCCGCGCGCUUCUCCAUCCUCUACUCGAUCCCGGAAAAGUCCAAAACCAAGUAUCUUCACCUCAUCGUCGACGACGUCGAGACGAGCCUGACCUGGACCACCUUCCUCGAGGCCAUGCUGAAGCACCGCCAGGAAGCCAUGACGUCGUUGAUGACCUUCAACGACCGGGCCAUCGCCCAGUACUGGCAGACGGAGAUGACGAGGCAGUUCGGUGACCAGCUGUGGAGCGAAGGCCAGGGCGAGAUGGACAUCGCCGGCGUCAUGCAGGUCUGCCAGAGCCUACACAUCUACAGCUCCCAGUCGACGCUGCAGGCCAAUUUCCGACUCUGCGACGCAAGACGCCGCGAGCGGCUCAACUUUUCCGAGUUUCUCAACUUCGUCCGGCUCAUGAGGCAGAGGUCCGACGUCCAGCGCAUCAUCCGCGCCAUGGCCGCCAAGCCCAAUGCCGGCCUCGCCUUGCCCGAGUUCCUCGCCUUCCUGCGAGAUGUCCAGGGCGAGGACGUCGACGCCAAUCCGGCCAUGUGGGACAGGCUCUUCCACAAGUUUGUCCGCAAACACCGGGCCGACGACGUUGACGGGCUCGAGGCCGACCACGCCGUCGCGCCCAUCAUGUCGGAGGCGGCCUUCGUCGGCUUCCUCGCCUCUCGUCGCAACGGGCCCGUCGUCGACGAGCCGCAGGAGUAUACCCUCGACCGCCCGAUGAACGAAUACUUCAUCUCGAGCUCCCACAACACCUACCUUCUCGGGCGCCAGGUUGCCGGCCAGUCCAGCGUCGAGGGUUACAUCGCCGCCCUCGCCCGCGGCUGCCGCUGCGUCGAGGUCGAUUGCUGGGACGGAUCCGACGGCCAGCCGCAGGUCGUCCACGGCCGCACCCUCACCAGCGCCAUCAGCUUCAAGGAGGUGGUCAUCACCAUCAACAAAUACGCCUUCGUCAAGUCGGCCUUUCCGCUUUGGAUCUCCCUCGAGGUGCACUGCAGCCCCGCGCAGCAGGCGCUGAUGGUGGACAUCAUGAAGGAGACGUUCGGCCCGAGGCUGGUCACGGAGCCGCUCGACCCGGCGUCGGGCAAGCUUCCGUCGCCCUCGGAGCUCAUGGAGCGCAUCCUCAUCAAGGUCAAGAAGCCCAGCGGCAACCGCGACGGCUCCGUCGAGGCCGACGGUCGACGACGCGGCGCCAGCCUCAGCUCGCCCCUCUCGGCGCCCGUCGUCCCCGACGGCAACGUCUUCACGCCGUCGCAGUCUCUCCCCCAGAGCCCCCUGCUCGCCGGCAGCAGCCAACCGAGGCGUCUCGGCAGCAAGAGUCGGGUCAACACCAUCACCGAGGGCCAGGUCCACGGCUUGAUCAGCAGCAGCACGAGCGACAACGAGAGCGGCAGCGAGCUCGGUUCCAUCGGCCGCUCGGCGAACAAGACGACCAAGGUCCUCGGCUCCCUCGGCGUCUACUGCGCCGGCGUCAAGUACUUCGGCUUCGACACCCCCGCGGCCAAGGCCUUCAACCACAUCUUCUCCUUCAUGGAGUCGAGCUUCGCCAAGCACUCGCGGACCAAGGAGGCCAAGAUGGCGCUCGACAUACACAACAUGCGCUACAUGAUGCGCGUGUACCCCGACGGCAUGCGGCUGGCCUCGAGCAACUUCAUUCCCCUCGUCUACUGGCGGCGCGGCGUUCAGAUGGCGGCGCUCAACUGGCAGACGUUCGACCUCGGCACCCAGCUCAACCAUGCCAUGUUCGAGGGCGGCAAGGACGAGUCGGGCUACGUGCUGAAGCCACCGGAGCUUCGCGACAUCCAGGUUCGCCCCUUCGACUCGGCCAUCGCCGAGGGCAAGAAGGAGCGUUCCGUCGUGUCCUUUGGCAUCGACGUCAUCUCGGCCCAGCAGCUGAUGCGGCCGGCCAACCUCGCGGCCAGCAAGUCGAUGGAUCCGUACAUCGAGGUGCAAGUCUUCCACGCCAACGACAAGCGAGACAAGACGGAAGCCGGCGCCGGCGCCAUGUACCGCGACGACUCGGCCCUCAAGUUCCAGACGGAGGUGAUCCGCGAGAACGGCUUCAACCCCGUCUUCUCGGACGGCCAGUUCCGGUUCCGCGUGACGACGAAGCACCCGGACCUCAUCUUCGUCCGAUGGUCCGUCAAGCUGGCGAGCUACGGGGAGAGCUACAACAGCAAGGACGGCGCCGCCAUCGCGACGUACACGGCCAAGCUCAAGAACCUGAAGCAGGGCUAUCGCACCCUGCCCCUGCUGAACCACGCCGGCGACCAGUACCUCUUCUCGACGCUGUUCUGCAAGAUCAACGUCGACGCCAUCGAAACCAAGCUCUUCGACGCGCCCGCACCGGUGCAGGACGUGAGCAAGUUCAACCGCCUCGGCGGCAAGGUGUUUGGCCGGUCCAACACGAGCCCCCGGGGCACCUUUGACCAAGGCAGCCUCGAAAAGAGCAGCAUGGAGAAGACGAACGCGGAGGUCUAG